GAUGGCGGACCAUGUCGGUGGCGCCGAGCUCUGCUCUGUCUCGGUGGCGUCCUGCCUGCUGCUGGCCUGCGGCUACGUGGGCAGCCUGUACGUGUGGAGGAGCCGCCUACCCAGGGAUCACCCCACUGUGAUCAAACGUCGAUUCACCAGCGUCUUGAUUGUUUCGGCGCUUUCUCCAUUAUGGGUCUGGGUGUGGCGUCAAUACACAGGUUUCAAGACAGGUCCGUCGCUGCUGAUGCUGAUGGGCAUCCAUCUGGAGGGCAUCUUUGCUGCUGCUUGCUUUCCACUCCUACUGACCAUGGUGCUGUUCUUUGGCCCACUGAUUCAGCUGGUCAUGGACUAUUCCUGGGAUUUCAUCGAAGGAUUAAAGAUGUUUCUGGAGCCUCGGUGUUGGGUGCAGUGCCUGGCGGACAUGCGUUGGAUGCGAAACCAGGUGGUUGCUCCGCUGACAGAAGAGCUGGUGUUCCGGGCGUGCAUGCUGCCCAUGCUGGUGCCUUGCACUGGCCUCAGCCGUGCCAUUGUAACCUGCCCACUCUUCUUUGGAGUUGCUCACUUUCACCACGUGAUCGAGCUGCUGAAGUUCAGACAAGGAACAGUCUCGGGCAUUUUCCUCUCAGCAGUUUUCCUCACACAGCAGUGUUCGGGGGCAUACACAGCAUUUAUCUUCAUCAGGACAGGUCACCUGAGUCCGGUGCUCUGUCAUUCAUUUUGUAACUACAUGGGAUUCCCAGCAAUCGGGGCUGCCUUCGAGCACCCUCAGAAACUCAUUAUAUUCUUCUUCUACAUACUGGGAGUCAUCCUGUUCCUCUUGCUGCUGUUCCCCCUGACUGAUCCCACCUUGUACGGGACGCUCGCUAUCUGUCACCUAAGCAAGCCAGAGACCAGCACCUCAGUCUGCACUUGACGCUAACUCCACCGCUGCUGCCCCUCAACAGCCACAUCCUGUGCAUCCAACAUUCAGGGAACUCGCCUUCUGGGCACCAGCAAGUGGAUCGAGAAACUUCUCAGGAAAUGGGAAUUUAGCUCACGAUUCCGGGAGAAGAGAAUUCCCACUCGGAAUUGGCACUUGAAUCUGUAGACGUUCUCUAUUUCCCAAUGAGGCUUGAAAGGAUAUUCUUAAAAAAACAAAACAUCACUUCAAAUACCCAACGACCUCCGUGGGGCACCAAGUAUAUACAGAUGCAUCGCACCCAUCACCUCUGAGGUCGAUGCCACUGCCCCAGUGCUUUAAAUCAUAUUCCAAUCACUCUUUCAUGCGCCAUGGUCAAAAGGAAUAUCAGGCUGCUUAGUUUUCUGCUGGUGUCACCCCGUCCCUUCCACCUCCCUAGGGCAAGUACUGCAAUUGCUCAGGAUUUGUUUACACUUUCCCCUUACCGCAUGCAUCCCUUGGGAAGUUCUGUUGAUCUGCUUCUAGUGUUCUGACGGUUGUGAUGCCCAGUGAUGGGUCUAUUGUUCUUCUCUCACACAGUGCAAGUUCUCUCGGAGCCCACUGAGGGUUUGUGCUGGGAUCUUGCACGCCUGCCAGUGUCCCUCCCCUGUAUCCUUUUCUGUCAACAAGGUGUGCCUCCUCUUCUGUCCUGAGAGGCAGGCGGAGUUGAGAGAAGGUGGUGUGGGGCUGGAGUGGUUUAUCAUUGGGAGGGCGAUACUUUAGAGUGGGGAUGGGAGAGACCAUCAGUGGAAGUGCAGGAAAGGACCAUUUGAUUUGAUUAAGAGUACUGGAGUACCAUCCAACACCAGCCACAGCUCAGUCCUGCCACUGGGCACAUGUGCCCCAUCAAUUCUGCACCGUCUCCCAAUAGUGCUGUAGAUUCCUUUGACUAUCAGGCCAGGGAGUGGAUGUUUCUGCAGCCUAUGAAGGCUUGCACCAGGGAUGAGAAGUUUGCAGAGGGGAAGACUUUGCAAAAAAUUUACAUUCCUACUUUUGCAAUUGCUGACAUUCUGAUUUACCAUUUACCCCUUCAGUGAGGCUCUGAGAGAGGACAGCCCUUGUCCAAGCCCCCAAGCUGAGAGCAUGCCCACCCAGCAAGAGUGACAUCUAGAGUUGGAGCUGGGUGAACAUAAGGGGUUGGGUAGAGAUGGCCUCAAUUGUGGUUUGGAGAUUCCCUCUGCUAUUUCAUGGAAUAUCUCAGAUCCCGUUCCCACUUGACUGACUUUGUCUAAGAAGUGACAUAGAGUGUGGCACCCACACCUCCUCAUCCAAACUCGUCACUUGUGUACAGGCACGCAGGCGAACCUCAUGACCGUCUGUCAGCCUUGGGUCAAUUUUUGAUGGGACUCCCACACUGGAGUUGCAGAAUCUCAAAGGAGGGGACUCCAAGCUGCUUUCUCUGAAAACUGCCUGAAGCAGAUGUGGGCUAGCUUUUGGUUUCAGUGCUCAGGCUAUUGGUUCUGAAAAGCAGAAUAAGAGGUGUAAUUUUUAACACCACACCCCCAGGUUGCGAACAAUUACAGUGAAGGCUGCCGCAGUCUAACAGGUUCAUUUGCUGAUUCGGUCCUUCGUAAACCUUAAGCACAUGGGGUUCUGUGCAAUGAAACCUCGCCAGAUUUAUUUGGCUUCUUCUGUUGUUGUUUGUGGAUGAGGCAGUGGGUUUAUCUGUUACAGCUGUAAACUCAUUCACAAAGGUGCAUUGCAAGGUGACAAGAAAUGCAUAGAACAGGAAUACCAUCCAAACUCCAAUGUGGACCACCACUGUCAUGGUAGUUCGCAGCUCCUUCAGUAGUCCUAGCAUGUAGGUGCAUAUAAAGGAACUCACUACCUGGGCAAAGCUAAAUCACCCAACAAACUUCUUUAUGGCAGGACCUUUGCACUAUUCUUUGUUUCUAGCUCAACUGUUGUGCCACUAAGUAGCCCAUUCACAUUCUGCAGAACUGCUGCUGCAAGAACCUCUGUAUCCUGCUCUCCCUCCAUGCACUAAGUUGAGGAUGCUCCCUAAUGCUGAGAGAGCUCCCCAGACUGCCAGUGGUGGGGAUGUGGUGCAGAAGGAAUUGUGGGGGGGUGGGGGGAGAUGCGGUUCACAGGGAGUAAUAUGCAAGGCUGUAUCUUGGACCAUUGUGAGCUUCGAAGUAAUUUGUGGCAGUGAUUCCUUCUCUCAUUCCUCACCACUGAUCAGGUUGCAGUGAUGUUAUUAAACCAACUCCCACCCUUUGUCUCCACCACACCUUCAACUCGAUGGAGCCCACUGUGGCACCCAGACUGCUGCAGCAACUUGCAACAGUUGUCCAAGCUGAAGACUGCUGUGGACCUUGGUCUGUACACUUCAGAGGGUGGGAUACAGGCCAGUGGCAUGUGUGAGGUGCCCCAGCGUUGCUGGAGGGGGAUGGUUAGUGUGUUACACUCAGCCAAGGUUACGCAGUCCUGUGGAACACUCAUGAGCUUAGAGAGAUCUACCCCAACUAGAGGGAUCAAACUUUAACAUGCUUAUUUUUGCCUGCAAACACAGAAGCAUUCCCUAUAAUAAGAUCAGCUGAUGAAUGCACACCUGAGUAUCUCUUAAUUGGGAGAGCAGAAUCUGAAUGCAACAGGGUCCCUGUCAGAUAUUCCCAUCUUCCCUUUCUGAUUGUCUGGGAAAGGGGCGUUUCCAGCGAACUUGUUUAUUUCCAUCACCUUUGAAUAGAAAUGUUUCUGAAACCUCUGGGAGCAUCACCUUGUGGUGUCAGUGAAGACUCUGUAGAUAGCCCUCUCUCGCCUUUAUCUCAGAAGGGUCAAGUUUUGUACUCCAGAGAUACUAAAAGUCCAGGCUGACACUGCCAAUGUAGGGCUUCAGGGGUGCUGCACUAUUGGAGGUGCUGUUUCUGUGAUGAAACAUUAAACCAUGGCGCGCUCUCUCCUCAGGUGAACAUAUCCCACAGUUGAAAGAGCAAGGUAGUUCUCCUUUGGUCUUGGGGCCAAUAUUUAUCUGUCAAAUCAGCAUCACUAAAACGAAUAACCUAGCCUCAUUCUGCUGCUGUUUGUGGGAGCUUGCUGUGCCAUGUUUCCCAUGUUACAAUAAUGACCACUUUAGAAAGUUUCUCACUGGCUUUGGGUUAUUCAGGGGACAGGGAAAGGUGCUGGAGGUGUCCAAACCUUUCUUCAGACGAGUUGCCCUGUUGUGGUGUGAGUCUAUGCUCAGGAUCCCCUUGUGGUCCAUACUGAUUCUCCAAAAACAGUUGCUGCACAGGUCUGUAAUCUGUAGCUCCCACCCCAGCAAUACAACCAAGGUCUUGCAAAAAGAACCUUGUUGCUGAUAAAAUCAUCCACCAGCGAGCUAAUGUUCAGAAUUCUAACUACACAACAGUUUCCGUAACCUCACUACUGAUAAAAAAAUUAACUUUUGGUGAGGAAUUGGGUCCUCCUGUCAAACCAGAAGUAAAAUAUUUUUUCUAACAUGACCACAGAAAUGUUUGUAAAUCAAGCAAUAUAUUUUCUAAAGUAACUAUUUUCCUGACAAAAGAUUGUAUAAUUAACCAAGAGAAGAAUUUUACUUGAUGUGCAAAAUGGAGCUGACAAUCUUGUACUGUACAACAUAGAAUAUAAAUUUCUGAUUUAAAAAAAAUAUAGAGACCGUGUUCAUUGAGGCAAGUCUCAGUUUUACAGACAGAAUGAAUAUCCAGCUGGAUUUGUCCUUCUGGUAUACUUGUCUGUCCUGAGUUUCCAAUGGAGCCAUGUAUUAACAGGCACAAGCCAUUCAUUCCUUUGAGCAAGUCAUUGGGUUUGUUGCUGCUUUGUAUCCAAUUAUCAGUCUUUGCUCUGUAACCCUUAAUACCCUUGGUUAGUAAACAUAUGUACCAAUCACAGAUAUAAAAUAGUUAAUUGAGCUUG